GACCCACGAACGACAACUCGGUUCGCAUACUUCUGAACGCCAGCCCGGAGGUUCAGAGACGUCAAUUACCAGUUCGACACAAUGGCCACAACUCAGGGAGCUAUUUCCAAGCGGAGGAAGUUCGUUGCUGACGGUGUCUUCUACGCCGAGCUCAAUGAGUUCUUCCAGCGCGAGCUGGCCGAGGAGGGCUACUCCGGUGUCGAAGUGCGCGUCACUCCCACCGUGACCGACAUCAUCAUCCGGGCAACGCACACACAAGAGGUUCUCGGCGAGCAGGGCCGCCGCAUCCGCGAGCUCACCUCGCUCAUCCAGAAGCGCUUCAAGUUCCCCGAGAACUCCGUCUCUCUCUACGCCGCCAAGGUCCAGAACCGUGGUCUGUCCGCCGUCGCUCAGUGCGAAUCCCUCCGCUACAAGCUGCUCAAUGGUCUGGCCGUCCGAAGGGCGUGCUAUGGUGUGCUGAGGUUCAUCAUGGAGAGCGGCGCCAAGGGUUGCGAGGUCGUCGUUUCUGGCAAGCUGAGGGCCGCUCGUGCGAAGAGCAUGAAGUUCACUGACGGCUUCAUGAUCCACUCCGGUCAGCCAGCCAAGGACUUCAUCGAUGAGGCCACACGCCACGUCCUCCUCCGACAGGGUGUCCUUGGUAUCAAGGUUAAGAUCAUGCGCGGUGCAGACCCCGAAGGCAAGGCCGGUCCCGCCAAGUCCCUCCCCGACUCUGUUACCAUCAUUGAGCCCAAGGAGGAGCAGCCCGUUGUGCAGCCCAUGUCGCAAGACUACGGCGCGAAGGCUCUCGCUGCCCAGCAGGCGGCAGAACAGCAGAGGCUGGCGGAGCAGCAAGAAGGUGAGGGCGCGCCGGCAGAGGGCUACCAGGAGGAGUAAAAUUGUGCAUAGAGAGGCUGGAGGCGGGGGAGCGGGACCUGGUUCGACAGAGGUGAUGGCUACGGUAUCAUGAGGACCAUGCUUCUAUAAAUUCCUUUGCAUCCGGAUGGGCAAUCUUUGUUUGAUUGACAAAGGAGGUUAUGGAGUCUACGUGCUGUGUACUCUUUCGGGACACCCAAAUGCAAAACACGGCUUGACCAUCAAACACUCAACUUGGCGUUCAAUCUCUCAACAUGUGAUAUUGCG